AUGACCAUCCUCAUCGAGCUCAAUGCGCAUCAACAAACACCCUGGCCAUCAAACAUGAGCACGACGACGACUGCAACAACAUCCAAAUUCAUCCUCCCCCACUUCGGACCACGCAAACUCACGCCGCUCAAGAGCUCCAUCAAGCCCACCGACAUCCCACCGGAGACAACCCGGUUCCUAUCCCAGGUCUAUACCAUCAUCCAGAACCGACCCCGAGAAUUCCAGAGGACCCAAGUGAACCGUCCCAGACACUGGUGGCGAUCAUCCGAGCAUCGAACACCCACCAGAUGGUCCCUCUAUCGUCACCUGCUCAAACAUUCAUCCUGGUUCGACAAUCAACUCAUAUCCAAAUCUGCCAACCCACAACCUAAAUCGGCCACCUUCUCAUCCACACCCGUCCUCACCAAUCAGAUCAGAUCCGAAUUCAAGCGCUACAAAACACUCAGGACAAUCCCUCAUACCCAAGAAGUGCUUAGACAAGGAUAUCUGCUAUUGACGAAAUUGGUCAAUGCGAAAUUCGGGGAUCUGGACGAUUUGAACGAGCUCAAAUCGUACAGACACGAUUUGGUUCAAUCUAGAUAUCGGAAGAUUUGGGGGAAAACGUACAAGGCCCAACUCAAUGCCCAACGCCCUCGUACUCCGAUCAUGACCGGCCGAUUCUUAAGACCGUCUGUUCUCAAUGGUCCCUUACCACGACUAGCCCAUCAACCAUUACAUAUUAGCAUGAUGAUGAGCUCUCGUCGCAAAAAACGUGAACGGAGGGUUGCCGAACAUCGGCAUCUAAAGGACAAACUAGACACCGUCCGACAGGAGCAUCAGUUCGAUUCGGCCAUUAUUGCCCAUGAUCAAGCCCACGUCUUCGAUCAGGAACAUAAUAGAGAAGUCAAAGGUAUAUUGGAUCGAUUAAACGACAUCAGUCACAGUUUUACGCUUGACAAAGAGCGAGAGAGGAAAGUAUACAGUCGAGAGCUAUUAGACAAGAUCGAAGCGGCCAGGAGGAGACGGCCGGGGGUGAUGGCCGAACGGAACCGAUGGAAACGGAUCAAGACCAGGACGGCCGAGCUGGAUUAUGUGGUGGAGGAUGAUCCCGAAGGCGGGGCAGAAACGGCCGAGGGAAAACGGUUUCGUCUCCCCGAGCCAUCCUUUUGGCAGAAAUGAUCGGCCUACAGUCAUACCUAAACAUUCAAUUGUCCUGUUUUGUGUGCUAGCUGAAGCACCAUUUGUCCUUGGCACUAUGUAUAAACACCAUAAGAGAGGGGGUUGAGUGUAUAUAUUGCUGUUUGUCUGAACCAGACCUUCGAAAAAUUGGCUAACAUAUGUGCAAGCAAGGGGUAUUUGAUCACUCCAACCCUACAUAUGAUCUUAUGGUUAAUUACAAAGCCACCAAUCCACAUAAGGAUAAUAGCUUCGAUGUGAU